CUUGAACUGGCGGCUUCCUGUUACGCGAUAGGAGAAACCACAAAAAACCUGAUUAGGAUGAGGAGAUUAGUGAUAAGAGAGGAAACUGCACAUCCUAGGAGAGCUGAAAGACACGUAUAAGGUCAAGGGACCUGAAGACGAUAGAGAGGCAGGGGACACACCAACUGGACAUGGGUCGUGUACGGGUGCUGUUCAUGUUGCUCUGGAGCUCAGGAUUCCUCCAAGGUUACCAGAAAGAGGUAAAAGAUAUUGAUGAUAUCCGGUUAAUGGGAGGAUCCAGCCGCUGUUCUGGUGUGCUGGAGGUGAAGAGCCAGGGAGAGUGGAGAGAAGUUGGUGACAGUAACUGGGACCUGGAGUUAGCAGACGUAGUUUGCAGACAUCUGGACUGUGGCUCUGUGGUUGGAGCUUCAUCAAAAAGACAUUCAAACCCUUCUAGCAGAAUCACACCUUCCUGUCUCGAGUCUGGACCUGGACUGAAGAAAUGUUUAACAAAGAGGUCCCGUGUUGAGGCUACCAGUUUGGAGAUCAUCUGCUCAGGUAAAAACCAUCAGUAACACAACAACACAAAUUCCAAAGCAAGCUCAUGAGUAGGUUUGUUGUUGAGGCUCAUGGCUUCAAACCUUCCAAGAUGUUCCUCUCACAUCAGCUCCCAGAAGGGGACUGUCUCUGAACUGGCCUGUAACAACGAGUUAUGUGAUAACAACUUAUAAACAAAAAUUUCAAAAUGUCAUGCAUUUAUACUUCAUUAUGUAAGAACACUCACAUUAUGUAAUAAUUUGAAACAUUCAGUAAUAAAAUACCGCU